GCGGCAGAGCAGUCUCCCCUCCUGCUCUGGGUCAGGCAUGUCCUGGACCUCUGCCAUCUCUGGCCCCACCCCUGCCAGUGGGCCUCUCUCAGCGCCUGUUCACAAGCGUCCCCUCCGUCCGGUGCGGGACCAGCAGACCGUUCGCCACUACAAGAUCUGGCGGCAGGACGGCCAGUUGCACCUCAACGAGGCUGUGUCCUUCCCCAGCCUACCCAAGCUCGUGGACCACCACGAGGCCCAGAGCCUGUCCCACGGCCUGUGGCUGACCUCGCCCCGCCGAAAGCAUGAGCUGGAGCCCCUGCCCCACUGUGACGAUUGGGAGAGGCCGCGGGAAGAGUUCACGCUCUGCAGGAAGCUGGGCUCCGGCUACUUUGGGGAGGUCUUCAAAGGGCUCUGGAAGGACAAGGUCCGAGUGGCCAUCAAGGUGAUCGUCCGAGCCGAGCUUCUGCGUCGGCACACGUUCCAGUCGGAGAUCCAGGCCAUGAAGAAGCCGCGGCAAGCCCAUCCUGGCACUGUGGGGGACCCUGGGUACAGCAUCACAGAGCUCCUGCCCAAGGGGAGCCUGCUGGAGCUGCUGCGGGACUCCGAUGAGAAAACCCUGCCCAUCUCGGAGCUGGUGGGCAUUGCAGCACAGGUGGCCGAGGGCAUGUGCUACCUGGAAUUGCAUAAUUACAUCCACGGCGAUCUGGCCGCCAGGAACAUCCUCGUGGGGGAAAACAACAUCUGCAAAAUCGGGGACCUGGGGCUGGGCAGGCUCAUCAAGAACGUCUACCUCUUCCAUGACCACAGCAUCCCUUACAAGUGGACUGCCCCCGAGGCACUCUCCCGAGGGCAUUACUCCAUCAAAUCUGACACCUGGUCCUUCGGGGUUCUCCUCCAUGAGAUUUCCAGCAGGGGUCAGAUGCCCUGUCCAGGUACUGGGCAUGUCCAUACCUUCCUGAGGGUAGAGGCGGGCUACCGCAUGCCCUGCCCCCUGGAGUGCCCACCCACCACACACAAGCUGAUGCUCUCGUGCUGGCACAGGGACCCCGAGCAGAGGCCCCACUUCAAAGGGCUGCGGGAAAAGCUCUCCAGCCUCAGAAGGUACGAGAACCUGCUCUGAGUCGGCCGCCUCCUUGCCACUGCCUGAAGGCCAGGCCAGC